AUAAGCCGUCUGGGAAUAUCAUCUGCCCCCGGCAUAGCUACUAUUCUCAUCUCUUCGCCAAAUCUGACUUGAUCUCCUUCUUCAUUCAUAGGGUGUGAGAAAAACCAAGGGCCAAGAUGUCUGAGAAAAAGAUGACAUCGAGCCGUAGGCAACAUCUGAAGAGCUUGAUGCUCCAGAUUGCCAAGGGUUUGCUUGAAGCCGAAGAAGCUGAGAGGGUAGAAGAGAGGAAGAAGUACAUGGCGGAAAACUGCCCCCCACUGGACAUGCCUGGGAGUUUGCAGGAACUGCAGGAUUUGUGCAAAAAGCUUCAUCAGAAGAUUGAUGUCGUUGAUGAGGAGAGAUACGACAUGGCAGCCAAAGCCACCAAGUGCGACAAAGAGAUUGAGGAUCUGAAGAUUAAAGUCCAGGACCUGAAGGGCAAGUUCAAGAAGCCAGCGCUGAGGAAAGUGCGUAUGUCUGCUGACGCCAUGCUGCAGGCUCUGCUGGGCUCCAAGCACAAGGUGAACUUGGAUCUGAGAGCCAACCUAAAACAAGUGAAGAAGGAGGUGAAAGAGGAGGAGAAGGAAGCGGUCGGUGACUGGCGUAAGAACAUCGAGGACAAGGCUGGCAUGGACGGCAGGAAGAAGAUGUUUGAGGCAGAGGCCUAAAUGGGUGGUACUCAGUGGGUUGUCAUUGGUUUUGCAGUAGAUUUCAGUUAGGCCACACUAUGCUCUCAGGCUCUAUUGGAACUCAACAAACUUCAUGGUUUUCCAGUGGGUAUCCAUGCCAGACACACAUUCUUCUCUGUUUUGACUCCCUUUAUCAUUAAAAUGUCAUAUACCUCAGUACUUGGUCAACCUUUGGCAGUAGGGGACAGAACAAUGGGAGAGUCUGAGGUAGGCAGGUGUAACCAGCUGGUGUUCGCAGUUCCCCUGCCUCUUACCACUGUAGACACAUAUCCACAACUAUGGCAUUUGCCAAAAAGAUUCUUCCCCCAAUUUAAGGAUAUAUUGCAAUCAAUAAUGCAUUUUGCUGAGAAAUAUUUCCAGUACUAGCAUGAAAUGUCACAUGUAAAUAAAUUAAAUUAGUGCAACUUA